GUGUGAAAUUAAAACAUAAAUUUAAUAAAAAUCAAAUAAACGGUUUUAAAGCAAAAAAAGUGUUUAAAAGACGAAAGUAAGAAAAUAUUUAUUCCUUUUUGAAAAAGGAAAAAGUGAAAGAAAAUAAAGGGCAAGUUGAAAUUUAACAACUUACAACAAAUAUUUGUGGAUUAUUAUAAUAGCGCACAACAACAACAACAACAACAAAAAACUUGAAGUUUUUUGUAGCAGUAACAGCAAACAAUAACAACAAACAUAUUUUAAAGCAGCAGCAGCUGUUUUGUGUUUCAACGAGACAAGUGGAUUUGACUGCCAGCAGCAACUUUAUACUCUAAACGAUACUACUCCCCAAACAAAAAAACAACUACUACAACUACUUUAACUAUAUAAGUUUAUCAACUAUAAAAGACUUUUGAAUUUAGAACAAAAAAUCUAAAAAUGGCUCAAAAUAUUGCAGAACCAACAAACAUAACAACAACAACAAACACAAAAUCUUUAGAUUCAAUAUUUGAAUCGAUAAUUAUAGACAUUCCACAAGCUAUAACAUUCUCAUCGGCAUCAUCGUCGUCAUAUGAUACUGAUAGCAGUGUAAACAGUACAACAUGUUGUACGAAACAUAAUAAUGAACAUAUUUAUAUGCAGAAAGCACUAACACAUCAGUUGCAGCAACAGCAACAACACCAGCACCACCAUCAUCAUCAACAUCAUCAUCACAGCAAAUCUUUGGAAUUAAACAGUGACAUGGAGGCUGUAUAUUUUAAAGCCGAUCAUCGUAAAUCAUGGCCCAUAUUCAUUUUAAUGAUUUCGCUAUUAGAAAUCGCUGUAUUUGUCUAUGAUAUUUUGACGGUACAAAAGUAUAAUUCAAAAUCUCAGGAUUUACCUUUGGCCAUACCUACCGAUUCGGUGUUUAUCUAUAGGCCCGAUCGUCGUUUGGAAGUUUGGCGUUUUAUCUCUUAUAUGUUUUUACAUGCCAACUGGUUCCAUUUGGGUUUCAAUGUAGUCAUACAAUUAUUCUAUGGCAUUCCAUUGGAGGUCAUGCAUGGUUCACUGCGUGUAGCCAUUAUAUAUUUUGCGGGUGUUUUUGCUGGUUCCUUGGGCACCAGUGUAGUGGAUUCGGAGGUGUAUUUGGUGGGCGCCAGCGGUGGUGUUUAUGCCUUGUUAGCAGCUCAUCUGGCCAAUAUUACACUCAAUUAUGGUCAAAUGAAAUAUGCUAUUGCCCAGCUAGUAUCGGUGGUGAUAUUUGUAUUUUGCGAUCUGGGAUAUGCAUUUUAUACACAAUAUCUAGCCGUUGAUGUUACUCUUAACGAAGCUCCUCCAGUUUCUUAUAUAGCUCAUUUAACUGGAGCUUUGGCUGGUCUCACCAUUGGUCUCUUGGUGCUUAAGAAUUUCGAGCAUCGGGCCUAUGAAAAUCUCAUUUGGUGGUUAGCCUUGGGCAUCUAUUGUGCCUUCACUGUCUUUGCCAUUGUGUUCAAUUUAAUCAAUACAGUGACGGCUCAACUAAUGGAAGAACAGGGUGAAGUUAUUACACAGCAUUUGCUGCGCGAUUUGGGCGUUUCAUAAAUGUUUCUAACUUGUUAACGCCAAUAUUAAAAAAAAACAACCAUAAAAAUGUCUUUUUCCUUUUAAAUAAGACAUUUUUGUUCUGUAUAUUUUAUUUAAAAUAAUUUUUUAUGCUAUUUUUAUAUAAUUAAAUUUUUGUUAAUUUUU